AUGUCUCUGCGUCUUCAGAAGCGCCUCGCAGCAUCUAUUUUAAAGUGCGGUCAGCACAGAGUGUGGCUAGACCCUAAUGAAAGCGGAGACAUAGCUCUAGCGAACAGUCGCUUUUCUGUUCGCAAGUUAAUUAGAGAUAAUCUUAUCAUUCGGAAGGCUGUCGCUGUACACUCUAAAUAUAGAUAUAGGCUUUAUCAACAAGCUAAACGCCAAGGGCGUCACAUGGGGAUUGGCAAGAGAAAGGGUACUCGAGAUGCGCGUCUACCUGCAAAAGUGCUGUGGAUGAGGCGUCAGCGGGUCUUGAGGAGACUCUUGAAGAAAUACAGAGACGCUAAGAAGAUCGAUAGCCAUAUGAUUCUCUUCAUGCUGUCUAUCGACAGUCAUAUGUACCACAAGUUAUAUUUGAGGUGUAAAGGAAAUCAGUUUAAGAAUAAGAGAGUAUUGAUUGAAGCAAUUCAUAACGAAAAGAAUAUGAAAGUAAAAGAGAAGGCUCUUCAAGAGCAAGUAGAUGCAAGGAAGCAGAAGGCUGCAGCACAAAAAGAGAAGCGUAGACUUAAAGAAGAAAAUAAAAAGAUCUCAAGUGCUGCUGCUGCUAAGCCAGCAGAGUAA